GCCGUCUGCUACCAGCGCAUUUGCUGCGGCAACGCUGGAUCUUUCCGUCUUUUCAACUUACAGCCAGAGAGUGGAUAUGGAGAUUUGGAUGUUGUGGCACCGUUAAGGAUAAGAAACCCACUGCUCGACUCAACAGCUUUCCUCCAAUUUCAGCCACCAGCAGAGGAGGCGGCCGCGGCGGCGACCCAGAAAGGAAUGGCGUCCUUGCAACAUUCAAUUCAUCACACGUGGUUGUCAAAUGCAUCUAUUCAGGUGGAUUUUGUGCCUCAGCUAGGAAUGUAUCGGCAUGGCCCAUUACAAAGAGGCAUUUCAUUUCUUGUCAGGGCAGAGCAUACACCGAAUGCCCCAGCUUCUUCAUCUCAUCAAGCUGUUUGUUUGUAUUGCAUACAUGAUUACGUUUUCACAGAUAGAUCUGGAAGGCGUCAACUGCUUGCCAUGGGGACAGCACUAGUCCCUUGGGUUCUGUUGCCUAAUCAGAAUUGUCCUUCAUUUGCUGCAGAAACUAAAAAAGGAUUCCUGGCAGUGACAGACAAUAAGGAUGGCUACUCAUUUCUCUACCCUUUUGGUUGGCAGGAAGUAGUGAUUGAAGGACAAGACAAGGUAUUCAAAGAUGUGAUCGAACCAUUGGAAAAUGUCAGUGUAAAUAUGAUUCCAACGGGCAAACAGGACAUCCGGGAUCUUGGGCCUCCAGAUGCGGUUGCUGAAGCACUAAUUAAAAAAGUUCUAGCUCCCUCUUCCCAGAAGACUAAGCUAGUUGAGGCAACAGAGCAUGAUGUUGACGGAAAAGCUUAUUACACAUUCGAGUUUAUUGCUCAAGCUCCAAACUACACGCGCCAUGCUCUUGGUUCAAUCUGCAUUGGCAAUGGGAAGUUUUACACUCUGGCAACAGGGGCCAACGAGAGGAGGUGGGAGAAGAUGAAGGACAAGUUGCACACAGUAGUAGAUUCCUUCAAGAUUGUUAACCUUUGAUUUGAGUUAGUCCCUCCUUGCAUUUAUUUAUUUUGCUUCUCUUCUCUCCCUCAAGAUUGUCACACAAUGGCUAAUCUACAAAGAUAAAAGUGUUU